AUGCGUCAACACGGUUUCAGCUCUUUUUAGAUCUGAAUCUCGUGUCAGUGAGUACACAAAGCCCUGAAUCAGACUGCUUUGUUAUUUUAGCCACUCAUGUGAUCCGCACUCGACACCAAAGAGCCGCUCCCCGCCCCGCCUGCUCCCCCCGCUCCAUCCUCUGCGGCCUGACAGAGAGAGUCUGUUUCCAGAGAAACAAAGGUCAGUGUCCUGUGUCGUCACAUUUCCAACUCACAGGACCAAUCUUGAAAGAGAAGAGAGGGGCGGCGAACAAACAGCUUCUGUUUCUGCGAAAACAGGACGGCGUUUGUUGUUACUCUGCGGGCUGUGAUGUCAUCGUCAUGGAUCAGCCUCUCCGUGACCUCUGCGCCUACGAUGCUCCGACAUCUUCAUCAGGGGCCGCGCACCAAUUACAGGAUUGA